AUGAUCAUGAUGGAUGCUUCAAACACGAACACGGUAUCCUUGACUCCAGAUCAAUGCAAUGCAGAUCAAGCUAAGAGUGAGACAGCUGCUGCCUUUGACACUGAUAUAUGGGAUUUAUUUGGAGAAGGAGAAGAGAAGUGCUUUGACUUUCAAGCUGACCAUAAAGAAGAACAAAGCAUGAGCAGAAGACCACCUCCUGAUCCCGUGGCAGUGCUACGCGGCCAUCGAGCUUCGGUCACAGAUAUUUCUUUUCAUCCCUUUGAGCCAAUAUUAUUUUCCAGUUCUGCUGAUGGUGAGGUGCGGAUUUGGGAUACCCUUCAGCAUCGAACAGUGUCAUCUGCAUGGUUACAUAGUGCUGCUCAUGGUAUUGUUGCUGUUGCCUGUGGUUCUUCCCUCGGAACCAAUAAAUUUGUCAGCCAGGGUAGGGAUGGAACUGUAAAAGUUUGGGAAUUUGAUGAUGCUGGUUUGUCAAGGAUCCCAUCACUUACAAUUAAGACAAACAAUUACCACUUUUGUAAGUUUUCCAUGGUGAAGAAUGAUUCUGUUUGGUCAAAACAAGGGAAAGAAUCGGAAGAUUGCUACAGAACAGAGGCUGAAGGAAUGUCUGAUAAAGAAAUUAUGGAGGAUAAAAGAGAUGAGGCUAACACCAAUCAAAGUUGUUCUAAAAGCUUUGGAGAAAAUACAUAUAAUGAAGGCCUACAAUAUGUGGCUUUGUCAGGGGAGAAUUCUUCAGAGGUUGAAAUUUGGGAUCUCAAGUCUGCUCAAAAAAUUGUACAACUUCCUUCAACCAAUCCUAGUACCUCUUCAAGUGCUUGCAACAGAGGGAUGUGCAUGGCACUUCAAUUGUUUUUAUCAUCUGAAUCACAAGGAUUCUUAAGUGUCUUGGCUGGCUAUGAGGAUGGUUCCAUGCUUUGGUGGGAUGUACGGAAUCCUAGCGUUCCAGUAACUUCUGUAAAAUUUCAUUCUGAGCCAGUUCUGAGCAUCUGCAUCGACGGGUUUUGCAAAGGGGGUAUCUCAGGAGCUGCAGAUGACAAAAUUGUAAUGUACAGCUUGGAUCAUUCUUCGGGUACAUGUGUAGUGAAGAAAGAAAUCAAUUUGGAGCGACCAGGCAUAUCAGGCACCUCAAUUCGACCUGAUGGAAAAAUUGCUGCAACUGCUGGCUGGGAUCACAGGGUGAGGAUAUACAAUUUCCGCAAAGGAAAUGCCUUAGCUAUUUUGAAGUAUCACCAUGGCACAUGCAAUGCUGUAACUUUUUCGUCUGAUUGUAAACUUAUGGCCUCUGCAUCGGAGGACUCAACCGUGGGGCUAUGGGAAUUGUAUCCUCCUCGAAUAUGA